AUGCCAAUUCCGUACAGAAACUUUCCACGGCUUAGCCGCCAAAUAUUUGUCAUGUCGAACGACACAAGCGCGGGCGACGACGUGCCGUCGUCGACGCCGUCGGUGCCAGAUCCGCCUGAGUCUACAUCUGAGCCUCCACCACCCCCAACAUCAACCUCGGAGGAACCCCCUCCGCCAUCCUCGACAUCAUCUUCGGAGGAUCCGUCGCCACCGUCAACAACCAACUCACCUCCCCCUCCUCAAUCUACUAGUUCAGAGGACCCUCCGCCCACAUCCAGAACUUCGAGACCACCACCACAAAGCUCCUCAACCCCUGAUGAUAAUGACCCGCCACCAACGAGCACAAUAUAUACAACGGUUACCGAGUCCUCCAAUCCCACGGGCCAGCCCACCGGCGACCCAUCGACCUCAGCCACGUCAACAACGGGUUCCACCAUCGAUCCCACUGAUGAGCCAAGUGGGGGGCUGAACGGCAGUGCGAGGACCGCCGUUGCCGUAGUUGUUCCCAUCGCGGCUGUUGCUAUUCUGCUCCUGUUGGGUAUUUUCUUGUGGCGUAGGAGGAAGCAGCGCAAGGACGCCGAGGAGCAGAGACGCAAGGAGGUCGAGGACUACGGCUACAACCCCAAUGCCGACCCUACGAUCCCCGCUGUUGCGGGCACUGCUUACGAAAUGAGGGAGGAUAGUCCGACGGGCUACCGGGGCUGGGGCUCCACCACGCUUGCUGGCUCGAACACAAGGAAAGCAUCGACGACCAUGUCAGGCGGUGCCGGCGCCUCUUAUUCCGACGCUGCUUCGCCCACCAGGGCCGACGCUCGCUCCGGCGAGCCCCUCAUGGGCGAUGCGCCUCCGUCUCCCGAGGGCGAGAUUCUGGGGGCAAUGGGCCCGUCGGCCGCCAAUAAUCGUGCCGAUGUGCGCCGCGGUCCCUCCAACGCCUCGUCGUCUUAUAGCGCCGCUGGCCGAUCCGACGGCUCUGGCGACGGUCCUAUCGGUGUCGCCUACGGAGGGGGUGGGGGUGGUGCGGGCGCUGGCAACCAAUACUACGACCAGUAUGGCAGCGGAAACCCCUAUACGGACAAUGGGUAUGGCCCCCAACCUACCGAUGCCGGCGGCUCGCCGGUCAUCCGGGACGUGACAGCCAGGAGAAACACGCGCAUCGAGAACUCCUCGCAUUAUCCGCAGCAAACUGCUGGCAUCUCGCAAAAUUUCUGA